UGCCCUCCUCCUGCCCGGGCUUUUUGUUAUUGUUUAUUCAGCGGAUUAUAGAAAACAGGAGAAAGAACAAAAUGAAUUUGUGGGAUUCUGAUGUUAUAGUGCAGCAGUGGUUACAAGACAACGAUGAAACAUCUAUGCCAAUGCCGAGUAUGGAAUCUGACCCUCAUCUACUCAUUUCCAAAGUUCGCAAACACUAUAUGGAGUACCUCAUUAAGUUGUUAGCGGCUAAUUAUGAGAGUAGCCAAAAAUUAAUAAAUAAAAACAUCUACCUACCAAGCGCUAUAUGGCGGUGUGCAAAAUUACUGGAAUUAUCCGCUGCCAAGUCCUGUAUGGUCGUGCAAUUGUACAGACAAAAUGUGUUAAAUGUGAUAAAGGAAUUGAAGGAAAUGACAAAAAAGGGAAAAUUAUAUAAACAGCUAUACACCUGUCUUAGAGUACAGCCAGAAAAUGAGAAGCGGACUCAGGCGAGUUUCACUACCGGUGGAUGUGAUUGUCAGUGCUCCUGCGGCUUAAAGAGGAAAAAGAGAGCAUCUGUCGUACAGCCUACAGUCCCUCCUGAUAAAACAGAGCCCGUUAAAAAUGAUCUUCCACUCCCCGACUCUCAAAACCCUCCAAUAGAGAAAGCAAAAAUAGAUCAAACUAUAAAAGUGGAUAAGGAACAAUUGAAAACAGACGAUAUAAUGCAGCAGCUGGAAGAACUAUUUCAUGGAAUACCUGAUGAUGAUGACAUAUUUGAAGGUGCAUUUGAUAUGCCCACAACAGUCCCAGAGAAAGUUACAACUAUAAGUAAAUUACCAGAAAUAAACCCACCAUCGGAUACGGCACAAACAGAAGCGCAGGCUAAGAAUUUAGAAGAUAGAUUGGCAGUUUUAAGUGGCAUAUUGUCAAGUAUGGACUCAGAUGUUAAACCAACUAAAAAUAACAAAAAACCUCACCGCACAACCAAGUGGUUGUGUGAAGAAUAUUUCUUAAAAGUUAAAUUGUACGAAAAACUAGAUGAAAUCAGAGAAAAUAGAAGAACUAAAUUUAAUAAGAUAAAAAAUACUAUGAUUGACCUGUUCGGCUAUGACAGUGAUGGAGAAGGAGUGGUGUCUCCAAUAGACGAGACACCGGAAUUCAUGACUAGUUGCAAGGAAAGAAUAGCACCCUGGGUGGUGAAAAUACUCAACCCCUAUUAUGUUAAAGGAAGAAUCAGGGGAAAGGCAUUGUUUAAAUCACUAGCCAGACAUCUCAUCAAAUUAAUAUAUCAGUGUAGUAAAUAUCCAUUUGAAUAUGAAGUCCAAAGUUUUGUCCAAGACUUCUUGGAGAGCCAUAAAAUGAUAAGAUGUGAAGCUGAUUUUGAAGGGUUUAAAAUUGAAAAUGUGUAAAGAACACACUUUAUAGACCUAAAGUUAAGAAUUUAUUUUAUCUUGAGUGUUCUAUGGACUAUGACUUGUAACAGUAAAAUAAUCUAUACUAAUAUUAUAAUUGGGAAGAGUUUGUUUGUUUGA